CUGCGAGCCGCCCCCGCCCCCGCGGAGGGGAGCGAGCGCUCGCGGGCCCGUGGUGGGUUCGGCUUCGCUGCGUGAGGGGCUGAGGCGGCCGUGGCGGCGCGAGCGCAGGGAGCGGACGUUGGGUUCCUGAACCUCGGCACCGAAGACAGCCAGGCCUCCAGCACAGGGUCAAACAGUGCUGCUUCUUGGAAAAACUGCAAAAGCUCUCCGGACGACAGGGGCCCAGAGCUGAUGGCAGACAAUGUCAGCCACUAACAACAUAGCCCAGGCUCGGAAGCUGGUGGAACAGCUCCGCAUUGAAGCCGGGAUCGAGCGCAUCAAGGUCUCCAAAGCCUCCUCCGAACUCAUGAGCUAUUGUGAGCAGAACGCCCGGAGCGACCCCCUGCUGGUCGGGGUCCCCGCCUCGGAGAACCCCUUUAAGGACAAGAAGCCUUGCAUUAUCCUAUAGCUCCAUCUUCCCUCGUGCUCAGCUCCUCCCCGCCUCCCCCCCCCCACCGCCGCCCCACCCCGAGCCAGGGCACCAUUCAGUACACAGUCAAGCAAAACUCUUAAUUCCAAAAGAAAUGCAAAAAGUUGCCAUCACCCAGGUGGGGUAAAUUGUAUCCUCUGGGUUCAGAUGGGUUUUCGGAUCCGACAUCGCAGCCCUGUCAGGGGCCGGGCUCCACCGCCACUUCUGAUGGGAAAUAGCUGAAAUGCCCAAGCGAUGCGGUAACGAUUUUGG